AUGGCCUCCACGUCAACACCCGGUGAUUUGAGGAUCAAGACUGGAGAUGGCACCUUCAUCGCCUCAAGCCAACGAGCCGACGGAAGCUGGCGAAAGCCGAGAAAAGUGAAGGAGGGAUAUAUUCCACAGGAUGAACAACCUAAAUACCAGGCAAAGGGAACGGAACCGGCCGUCAGGGGACGCGCGCCAGUUGGGAUCACCCCGAUGGCGUUGGCAGCACGAGGGGCUGGAGCCUCGCGUCCACAGAAACCGAUCACGGCCAUUGAGAAGGAAAAGGCAUGCAUCACCCCACAGGAUCAUGUCAAGAGGAAAAUGGGGAAUGUGCAGAAGAAGCUGGAUGAGAUUACGCAAUUGGAGGAACGUGUCGCCAAGGGUGAAGCGGAGAAGUUGGAGAAGAAUCAGUUGACAAAGAUCGAGCGAAAAGCGCAUUAUAACGACGAAAUGGCAAAAUUGGAGGAGCAGUUGAAGGCCCUCGAUGUCAAGAAA